AUGCCUGAGGACAUCCAUCUCUAUGUGCCCCAUUGUCCUUUGCAGAGCAGCACCAGAGGUUCUCCACAGACCCCUCUUAAUGGGACACUGGCUGCUGAUUUAUCUGAGCCUGAAGAUGCAAAUGGUGGCACUGGGACAUACACAGCCCAGGGCUGGAAGGAAAUAAAACAGAAAUAUACCUCUGAACCAGAAGAUUUUAAUAGGAAGACAAAAAUUAUGUCAUCUCCGGAUUUGAAAACAAAUGAUGACAAAAAUUCAAGGCACCCAGAAGAAAAGUCUAAGCAAGAAUUAAAGGAGGUAAAAAAGAGGCUGGUGCCUUGUACUCAACAGCGACCCUUGUCGUAUGAUUCAAACAGGGUGGACUUAAGUGGAACCUGUCUGGGAUAUCAAAAGAAAGGAGCACUGGAGACAUCAGAGGAGAAGGAUGCUGACUGGAGAAAUGAUGUGUUCAAACUGUCUGGUUGUCCUGUGUCAUUUGCAGAUGAUCCUCCACCAGCUUUGUCAGUAGACACAAAAGAUGUUUUGAGGAGGCCAGAUGCAGUUGUCAGGGACCACACAGUUGACCGGCCAAAAUCACCGCUGAGGGUCAUAGCCAAUGCGAUCAAGAGGUCUAUUUUGGAGCCUCUAACUUCAUCUCCAGAAGGACUAAAGCAGGACUCAGACAGCAAAGACAAAGCCUCUUCAGAACAAGCUUUCUUCAUCUUUCCCAGUACUCCUGGCUAUUCCCUAAGCCAAAGGAACAGUAACAAUAAUUGUGCAAAUAACGCUCAGCCACAGAAGCUUAAAGUAAGGGAGCGGGCAGGAGAGUAUUUAGGAAAUGGGAGCACUCUCUUAAAUCCGUCUCAUUUUUCUGUCGGCUCUGAAAAGACAUCUCUAAGGGAUUACAGCGAGGAGGUAUCCUUCCCAGUCUACAGUCUUCACAGCAGGCCUUCCAAGAUGACCAAUAUACCUCAGAAAUCAUCUUGCACUAGGAUGGAGGAUGUCCCAGGACUCCUUGAAAAGUUUACUUUUAAAGAGACUUCACCAGGGGGUCCCACGGAUGACAUAAUUAUCUGUAAUGAAAAGUACCUCCUCCUUUCAUCUCCAGAGCCCAAGAACACCUCCAAGGACAAUCUAGAUGACUCUGCACAGAAGGGCAAUCUUGGGUCGCUGGUUGAUAGACUGAGAAGUAACAUUUGUGACAGAGAAGGGAAUUCCUUUGUGCCAUCUCUGCCUUUCAUGGAGGACCAUUCUCCAGAAGAGAGGCUAUAUUAUCCUUCCACAGGAUGUGAACACCUACCUGUCAGAAAACAAGCUACUGAGUAUUCUGCUUCUUCCUCCGAUGAUGAAUUUGAAUCCAAGCCAUCAUUAACAUACAAGGAAAAAAGGACUGUCAGAAGGAGAAGGAAGCUGGAGAAGGAGACAAAGCAAUUGAUUAAACAAGAGGAGUUGAAAAGGCUUCACAAAGCACAGGCAGUCCAGCGCCAAUUAGAAGAACUGGAGGAAAGACAAAAAGCUCUGGAGAUUUUUGGUGUCGAACUGGAGAGAGAACUAAGAGGAGAAUCAGAUUCAGGCACAAAGGAUGAAACUCAGAUGCUACAUGAAUGGUUUGAGCUGGUCCUGGAGAAGAACAAAUUAAUGCGUUAUGAGUCUGAGCUCCUGAUUAUAGCCCAAGAGCUAGAACUGGAGGACCACCAAAGCAGGUUGGAACAAAGGCUGAGAGAGAAAAUGGCCAUUGAUGACAGCCUUAAGGAUGAGAUGGAUCUGAAUGAGGAGGAUGAAAUUUUUACUGAGAUGAUGAAAGUAGUUGAAGAAAGGGACAAACUCGUGUCUACCUUAGAGGAGCAGAAAGUGAAAGAAAAAGCAGAAGACAAGCACUUUGAAAGCAUUAUAUUGUCUAGAGGCUAUCAGCUGAACAGAAUUUAA